AUGACGUAUCGUUUCGGCACUCUCGCCCUGUUGCUUCUGCUGGGGCUGGUGGCUGACACGCCCAGUGGCGCAGUGGCGGCGGUGCAUCCCUCCGUCAUUCCCUCAAGGGCGCGCGGGGGUGAAGUUUACCGUGAGGCGCUGCGGCGCAACGGGCAGCGGCCUGCUGCUGCGGAGGGGGCGCAGCCGCAACCCCGUGACCCGCGCGAGCCUCCCACGAAUUACUACGAGCAGCGCGUCGACCACGCGGAUGCCGCCGCCGGCACCUUCAGGCAGCGGUGGUGGGUGGAGCGCUCCUUUUGGGACCGCGACGCCGGCCCCGCCGUGCUGUACGUGAACGGCGAGGGCCCCGCCUCCCCGUCCCCGGGGGGGUUCGUGCGGCGGUUCGGCUUCUUCGUUGGGGCCAUCAUCUUCUCCCUCGAGCACCGCUACUACGGCGAGAGCCUGCCCGCGCCCCUCACGAAUCGGUCGAUGCUGAAGCACCUGACGGUGGAGAACGCCCUCGCGGACCUGCGGGCAUUCAAGCGGUACGCCGAGGAGGCGGUGGUGGGGAAGAAACUCAAGUGGCUGGUUGUGGGUGGCAGCUACGCGGGGGCGUUGAGCGCCUGGGCGCGGGCAACGUACCCGGAGGACUUUCACGCCGCGUGGAGCAGCAGUGGUGUGGUGAAUGCCAUCUUUGACUACAGCGCGUUUGAUGGGCACCUGUUGGAUGUCCUUCCCAGCGCCUGCGCCGCCACCGUUCGCGCCGUCUUUGACGCUUUCUCUGAGGCGUACGACGACCCCCAGCGCCGUGGUCCCAUGAUGCAGACGUUUGGCACCCCCGGCUACUUUACCAAGGCCGACAUGGCGUGGAUGCUCGCGGACGGCUCCGCGAUGGCUGUGCAGUACGGAUUCAAGGACAUGCUCUGCGCAUGGAUGGAGCCCGUCCAAGGGCGCGAGCUCUUCAAGCGGUACGCGGACCUUAUUCGAUUGCUAUGGGGUGAUGACUUCACGCGGGCGUGCUACUACAGCAGCGAGUGCCUGUCAAACGCGGCCUACAGUGACCAGUGGAACUCCAGCUACGCCUGGGCCUACCAGUGCUGCUCGCAGCUGGCGUACUGGCAGGUAGGCUACCCUGGCAGCCUGCGGUUGAGGGAAAUCACCACCUCCUACUUCAUUGACCAGUGCCGCGCGGCGUUUGGCGAGGAGGUGUUUCCCGACACCUACGCCUUCAACGCCGUUCACGGCGGCGCCCACCCCACGGCCACGCGCGUGGUGGCGACGCAGGGCUCCGACGACCCGUGGCUGCCGGCCGGGGUGACGCACACGCUGAGCGCGGAGUACCCCGAAGUGACGGCGCAGUGCAACGGCUGUGGGCACUGCGGCGACCUCGGCAGCUUCGACGAGAGCGAGCCACCGUCACUCACGGCGCAGCGGCUGCUCGUGGCGAACUACCUGAGCGCCUGGCUAGGAAAUUAG